GUGAGCACAAAGCUCAUGCCGCGGUGGGCAGUGUCCCCUCACGUCCUAUCACAGAGGCAGGGGGACAUCCCACCACGGUGGCUGAUAUCCCACCGCAGUGGCUGGUGUCCCACCGCGGGGCUGUCCAUUCACGGGGCCAUCCCGGCCUCGCUGGCUCCAACUCGGCGCGGACGGCGCCCCCAACCCGCCGACACAGCCGCGCCCGGCGGCGCCAGCGCCAGCCCGGCCCAUGGGGGCGGCACGGUCCCGCUCCCCCCGCGGCGCUUAUCCUCCCGCCCGCGGGAGCCCGGGCCACCGAGCCCGACCCAGCAGGGGCGGCGGGUGUCCCCGGCGGGGCGGUGCGGUGCGCGGAGCGGGGCGGGGCGGCGGGCGGACAAUAGGGGCAGUCUGCGAGUGACGCCGCGGGCGGCGGGGGCUUCCAGCGCUGGGCGCCGAGCGGAGCCGAACGAGAAUAAGAUGUCUCAAAGAAGAAGAAUCCCCCGGCACUUUGUCUUCUCCAGCUACCCCAAUGGAGCACCAGAAGAGGGAACCUACAGUAACCUCCAAACAAUUCCAGACACCACAGAGCAAAUGGAGUUUAAUAUCAGCUCAGCUACCCAGGUCGGCCAUCAGCUGGCCCUGAUUGGGGAUGAGUUUAACAGGAUGUACCACAGGAAGCUGGAAGAUACACUGCUUCACCUGGCACAUGGGGUUGCUAUCAGUGUUUUCCAGACGUGGAAUAUUAUUAAAAGUGUUAUAAGAAGCUUUGGAAAUAUUUUGAACAAUAACUGGACAAAGAGGAUCUUUGGUUAUGGAAGCUGGAUUUGCAGGCUUCCUUUCAGGUGCGUCUGCCAGAAGCUGGUGCCUGCGGCUUUGCUCGUUGUGGCCUUUUGGUGGGCCGUGAAUUAUGGACUGCAGAAUUAGCAGAGAGAAUUACAAUAGGAGGUCACUGCUGGACUCUGACCAAUAUCAUUAACACCCAGGUGGUGGCAGUUGGUUUGUUUUUCAAAUUUACACUGAUAAAAAUCUCUUUUAUAUUUAAAACCUAGGCUAGUGCUGGGUCACUGCUGUUUCAUACCUUUUUUUUAAAAUAAAAAUCUUUAAAAUAAGGAGGUUGUUGCUGGAUAACUGCCUGACUUGCUAGUUUUGAAAUGUGACUCCAGGCGAUUAGAAAGUCUGUCUCUUUUGUGUUUGUUUUAAUGCAAUAUAAAGUGUCUAUUUCAUAUAAACAAGUUUCUUGAAGAGAUUCUGGAUCUGAGGGAGACUGAAGGCAUGCUGGACAUCCUUUAAUUUUAACACUGUAAAAGCAAUAGUAAAGAUUAAAACCGUGUUACUUUUUUAAAAAAUUAAAUUGUUGCUUCAAAUGUC